CCACGAUCGUGGGCUGUCAGCCCGCUGAGUGGGCGAUACUAAUUUUAGCGUAAUCAUACUUGCCCUCUUACACACUCACUUCCCGCAUGUCGGGCGAAAGCUCGAAGACGAGCUCUUCUCGAACACAGAGCGUCGACUUUCUCAGCCACGACUUACCCGCCUCCAAACCCCCGAUACAUACCUUCGACGUUGAAGACGCCCGACCCACUCUCGACAUACAUCAGCCGGCCCGCGGGGGCUUCGUUGCAAGGAUCCGCCAACAAUCUGCGCGGUUCCCAAGGUUGAACAAGGUCUUUCUGUGGCUAAGAGGACCUCGUCCGAAAGUCGACCUUCCUGAUCCCAAACCUUUCCUCGACAUUGACUUCCAUGUUCGUGGCCGCCACAUCUCACUGCCUCUCGAGAGAACCUGGCUGCGACUCACUCGGUUCGUGCCGAGCCAUCUGCUGACCGUUGUCCUCGUUGCCGCAUACAUCAUAUCAUUAGCCUUCUUUGCAAGAGCCCAGUUCUUCCAGACUCCAGCCGACGCUUUCAUCAGCUGCACGGCUACUUAUUGGCUGUCUGAAGGCAACUGCGGCCUUGAUGGCCAGGCAUGCGCCCCAUUCAACGGCUCGUCGCUCGACUUCCGAUGCCCUGCUGGCUGCGCAGGCGUCAUCCUGGCCAACCCGCGGACCGUCGGAGACGAAGAGAUGGACUUUGUGCCGUUGAUUGUCGGCGGAGGCGAUGCGAACCGGACCUAUCGCGGCGACAGCUUCAUUUGCGCUGCUGCAAUCCAAUCCGGACUGAUCAGCAACCGUCGAGGGGGAUGCGGGACACUUGAUCUUGUCGGCACGUUCGCGAAUUUCUUGCCUACCAGUGGCAACGGGCUGAACUCCAUCGGGUUUCCCACCGUCUUUCCGCUGUCGUUUCGCUUUCGCCAAGUGACAAGCCUCCAUCACUGCACGGAUCUGCGAGACUACGCACUCGUUUUCAACGCGCUCGUGACUGCAGCGCUCUUCCUCUUAGUACGACCCAAGCCCAUCGUUCUUUUCUGGUGCCUGGUGAGCAUCGGGUACUGGCACAUCGUGCUGUUCUCCCAGCCAGGCGGACCUCCCCCUCCGCUCGAUGUUGCGUUCGGGACAUUUCUUCCCGCGCUCUUCAUCGCUUAUGCGUUCUGGUCAAUGGCUUGGCGGUGGUGUCUUCCGGCGUUCAAGAGAGCGCCCAUCGAGGCGAUGGUGCUGUAUCUGCUUCCAUACUGGGUCGGUGUCCUUGCUGGCGAAACAACGGACCGUUUGCCCCUUCAACGGCUCACGGCAAGUGACUUGCAUAAACGCUCUGGGGCGAUUGUCACGUUGCUGGUGAUCAUCGUGAUCAUUAUCCUGGUGGCCAUCAUCCAACUGCGCGAUUUCCGCAGGACAGGCUGGCUUCCUUAUUACGUGGGCUGGUACGUUGCCGGGGGGCUUGUCGUGAUGGUGCUCGGCCUGCUCCCAACACUGGUGCUCCGAAUCCAUCACUACUUCCUGGCCAUGGUACUCAUGCCAGGCACGGGCCUUCCCACUCGAGUCUCCGCCCUGGCCCAAGGCUAUUUACUCGGUCUGUUCUUGAAUGGUGCCGCAGCUUACGGAUUCGACCCUAUCUUGCAGACACAUGCUGACCUGGUCCAAGAUGCCACCCUAGGAUCAGAUUUGGCUACGUUUGUCACCAAUUCCUCCACCUACAACGCGACUAUACCACUGGUGAAUCAAACUCUGUUUUGGAGCCCUCCGCCCGCGGGGUGGGAUGGAUUCUCGCUUCUGAUCGAUGAUGUCCAACGAUACGUCGGUCCGGCUCUCAACUUUUCUCUCGCAGCGCUCCAAACUGGCUUGCCACACUUUUUCCGACUAGCCCUCACAUCAAGUGGCACUCCAGGUGACUACACCCAUGCGGCUGUGCUCGAGCCUAAUGGCACAUGGAUCGAUCCAGCACCGGGUGCGACGUAGAGUAUGUAUAGCAGAGCGCCAAUGACUACUAUCUAUUGAAGAGUGUGACAUCUACAAAACGAGUGACGCUAUGUAACAACAUGGGUAUCGGAAAGAUGGACAGAAUUAAUUUUACAGGUACUACAGACAGACACGAGAUCCACAUUUAGAAAUAAUUAGAGCAAAGGAAGGUGGGGGACGCUACACCAGUAGCGUCGGCAUCAUCAUCAUCAUACAACACUCCCAAAUCGCGUCGCAGUUCCCGUUCCUGUAUGGGCCCGCGGUCGAUUCACAACACUAGCCUUGCCUGGCUCAGAUUGGAACGUCAUAGGCGGACGGCCUCGUCCACAGGUCAUGCAGUAGUCGCCCUCGUGGGCUGCCUCGACUUGCGCUUUAAGAUCACGCACUUGGCCUUCCAGUUCCCAGAUAUGUCGCUGCCACGCUUUCUUCGCGCUGACGAUCUGAUCUUGCAGAGCCUGGACCAGCGCAGACUGAUCCUCUGUAAUCGGUGCCAUCUUGUCGAUGUUGCUCGGGCUCCGGGCCAACACAAGCCCAGGCGUCACGGGCGACAUCGCGGUGCUCGGGCUGAGCGACUCCAAAUCUUCAUUGUCGGGCGAAAUGAUAUGAUCCCCGAACUUCGCACUGAAUAGUGUCGACACCGGCCGCAACUUCAGUGCAGGAAACUCGGUCACAUUCGGAGGCGCGCUCUGCGGCAGGUCCAGCUGGUCCCAAUUAUCAGAGCUGUGCGGCGGCAAAGUCCGCGUCUGGAAAUCCUCCGCGGCAGACGCCGCCCGCAGUCGAGUGGCCUGCCCUGUAUUGAUAGAAAGCGGUGGACGCGAACUCGCGUUUCCCGGGAACUCUGGACCAAACAUCGAUGGGGAAACUGGAGGGGCUGGAACUCGCGGAAUGGAUCCCUUCCUUCCGGCGGAGUGUGCCUGAGCAGAGGGCUGCGAGUGCUGACCACUGAAUGCCGCAUAGCCAUCAGACAAUGACGGAACCGGCGGCGGCGAAGCCUUUUCGUCCUUCUCUCGGCCGUUGAACAAUCUCAUAAAACCACUCUUCUUGUGCUUGAUCGUUUUGCCCGGCGAGGGUUCCUGGUUCUGUGCGCCUGCGACCAUGGUCUGCAGAGCACUCUUCGCCCGGGCACCCGUGCUGAUCGACCGCGCCCUGGUCCUACCUGUCGGGCUCAGUUCCGUGCUCUCGGCUGAGGCCAACACAUCCGGGAACGGGGUCGACGACGGCGAGGAUACAGACAUAUUAUUGUUCGUCGUAGCACUUCGGGACCUCUGCGCCCGAGCUUGCUCAAGAGAUAUCAAGUCAAACGCAGGCGAGCCACUGUGUUCUGUCCAGCCAGGAGGCAGAAUCGGGGUCAUUUGAGGAGAGGACACGUGAUUGAUGUUGCUGGUCCCGGAGUGAAUCGGCAACGGUCCUGAGAUUUCCCGUCCGUGGAAUGUCGAUGAACGAGAGCGAGGGCUCUGAGUCGGAGACAUCGUCGAGGUUGACGUAUCAGGCGUCAAAGUUGGGGCGAUUGAUCUGCUGACGGACGACCCAACGCUCGCAGAAUCCGUCACGGUCGCACUAGAAUCACUUCGUCCGAUUGAUGCUGACGGGACAGUGAAUGCGGACCGGGUGGGAGCAGGGGUGUACGGAUCCUCGGCAUAGGAAACUACAAGAUCCGGGUUUGCAAAUGGAUGCAUAUCUUCGGGGUAGUGGCUCGUCCCAUGGCUCGGCCGACGACUGCUAUAGCUCGCAACAGAGUGUCCAACCUCCUGAUGGAUGGGAGAUACCGUACGAGAUUGCUGAGACAUCAAGGAGCGUGGACUGCCCGGAGCACGAGAAGGCGUUGCAUGGGGAGAAGUACUAGAAGAUUCCGACGUGGGAAGCGGGAAAUUGAGGCGCAAACCUGUCGGAUGCGGAGCAUUAGACGCCGAGGCAGUAAUCAGCGACGUUGACGAAAGACUAGCUUGGCCCAGAGCACUACAAAGGAUAUCAGUGAGAGAGCGUUGGCGAGUACAGAAAAACGCACAGCAGCGCCCCGCUUCGACCAUGAUGAGAGUGAGAAGACUCGAAUGACCGUUUCGCCUUGGCGUGAUGAGAGCGGGUGGACUCGCCACUAGGCCGCCCGCUGGCGGUUGUACCCCUACUGGCAGAGCGGAAGCCAAGGCCCUUCUUGAAACCGUCCCGUCCUCGACUGAGCUCUACUUCAUCUUCCUCCUCCUCCAUGAUAUCCCCUCCAUCCAUUUCCCAGGGGGCCUUACUGUGAAAGCGCAUCUUCGGGCCUAGAAGGCUCAUCCGGGAGUCAGGUUCUUCAUGCUCCGCUUCAGACUCUUCUAUAGGGUUCUCUUCCUCGUCAGAGUGUGAAGAGGACGAUUCGUCGUCCAUGUCUAGCAUGCUUUCGGCGAGUUCGUUCAGACGAUUCCGUUCGGGGGUCAGAUGAACAGUCAUGGGCGAGCGAUAUAAAUGGAGUGAGCGAGUCUCGGCAACUUCGUUUGGGCGUGGUGAAAAGAAUGGCGCAGAGUAAACGGAUGGGGAGUCGUAGUCGAUAGCGGCUGUUCGUUGAGCGAGAAGAGAGCGUAUUUGAGCUUCGUGAGCAGCAUCCUGGGUUUCGUGUCGCAACAUUGGCCCCGAUGGCAAUAAAUACGGGUGUGGCGACCCGCCCCGUCAGCAGUCACUGGUCAAGCUUCAAGUUUGGCAGAAACAACAAGGCGAAGUGGAAUGAUCGUUUCAAGAUCUUGAUGAUCGAUCAUUCGAUCAGAGGAAUCAAAUUGUCUUUCUCUUUACGGCGGUGCGAUGAGCGACGCUGCAGUCUCAUUACCCUCUUCGUCCAACGGCCGUGUCUCCGGGAAGUCAUGGAAACCGAACAAGACAGCUACCAAUCGAUCGCAUCUGCCUGAAAAUGUGAAAACGAAGUCCUGGGAGGAACGAAUGACGGCGCAAACAAAGAUAGCAGCCGUGAAAAAGCUGGAAAAAGAGCUGAAAGAAGAGAAACAAGCUGAAGUAACGCGCCGAAGAGAAAUCACCUUAGCUCGAAAGAGAGCAGCAGAGGAGCGAAGGAGAUUAGAGGAGGAUAAGGCGAAGAUGGGUGCUCGUAAAGCUGCACGAUUGCGGAGGAAAUUGGGCCGUUCCAAGAAAAUCAACGGAUAGGCCAUGAAUCCAUACCACACCGUGCCCAUUAUGUAUUACUAGAUCUGUUAUUAUAAUGCCCAGCUGAUAUCGACCUCGCCCUCUUUGACGAAAGGUUUAUCCAACCCUGCGACCACACUUUCGCACAAGGGACAACUGCUUGCCAACAAAUCCUCGAGCUCAGCCCUCAAACGUUCCGACUUGACUUUCUUGGUCUCGUCGGACUCGAGCCCGUUCCGUCGGCCGCCCAUUCCAGGCAUCCAUGCAGGGGCAGAGACGACUGCGGCCAGGGCAUCAGGCACGAUGAGGUCUCGCAGCUUGUCUCCUGCAGACAGAAGGUUCCGGCCGAUCGCUCGCGUCCCUGUUUGCAGGGGGUUCACCACAAAGUUGGCGGAGAGGAGUGUUCGCUGCGCCGUUCCUUGGCGGGACUGCAGGCCGGAACCAUUUAAAUGCGGGGGCGCAGGUGCACCUUUCACCAGUUCAUUC